AAUAAUAAUUACAAUCGAAACAAAGCGCAUACCGCGUCGUGUGUCCGCGCAGUGCACAUCCUGCAGCUCCAGCGUUGACCGUGUGUUCGGGUAACUGCGUAUUUGUUGGAAUCUGCGCCACCGGAAGCGUGAUGGGUUUCAAAAGAAAGCUGCUCAAGGUGGUGCUGGUGCUGAUGCUGAUCGCGGUGCUGCCGGGGCUGCCGCCAAGGACGGUUUUCCCCUUUCGACCAAUAGCGAUCGGUCAAAUGCGGACUCUGAGCGGGGUGCUGGCCCCGAACCAACUACUCAACGGAGCCGAACGUCUGCACGAAAACGUGGUGCUCCAGCCGGAGUGUGUGUUGGUACGUGGUAACGCUACCUACGUCACCGUUUACGGUGGCGAGGUAUUGGAGCUGAUCGACGGUACCGUUCGUACGGUUGUCAAACUGGGCCCCGAGUGUGUCGGUACUUACUCGGAGCGUCUUUGCGGCCGCCCGCUGGGGAUGGAUUUCGACACGAAAAGUAACGCGCUGAUAGUGCUAGAUCCGUACCUUGGCAUCUGGCAGGUGCACAUAAAAACGGGCGAAUCGAAGCUGCUGGUCUCGAUGGAGAAUGCCCUCAUUGAGGACGGAACGGCCCGGAAGGCGGUUGACGAGCGCCGCAAGGCAGCAGUGGCCUCCCGGAAGCCGAAGAUUCCGAACGGGGUGGCCGUGGCGCGCAACGGCGACUUCUACUGGACGGACACGGCAUCGGACUUUAGCUUCGAGGAUGCCGUCCCGGCAUUGUUGUGCAAUCCUUCCGGUCGCCUGUUGCACUACUCCCGGGCCGAGGGGAAGAGCCGUGUCCUGCUCGACGAGGUGUACGGUGCGAACGGCGUGGUUCUCAGCCCGGACGAAAGCUUCGUACUGGUUGGUGAGCUCGGUGGACAGCUGAUCCGUCGGUACUUCCUGAAGGGCGCUCAGGCCGGAACACACGACGUGUUUCUGGACGGUCUGCCCGGCUCGGUCGACAAUCUGAAUGGGGACGCAAAUGGGUUCUGGGUGGCCUUGGUCAUUGCGGCGGACGAGAGUAAUCCAUCGUUUGUCGCGAUGCUGGCACCAUUCCCGAACCUCCGGCAACUGAUCGUUCGGAUGUUUGUGCUGGUCGAGGCACCGUUCCGGUUUCUGUACAAACUCACUGGCAGCCUCUGGGCUCUCUGGGCGUCCCAUCACAUUGGAAAUUUGGGGGGGCUGGUGGGUCUGUUCCCCGACCGGGGCACCGUGCUGCGGGUGGACUGGGAAGGGAACAUUGUGUUUGCACUGCACAACGACGACACUUCCAGCCACGUGAUUUCGCAGGCCGUCCCACAAGGCAAGGAGCACCUGCUACUCGGUUCCCCCGUCAAUCCGUGGCUCGGAAGGGUUAAACUGUCGGCCGAAACGCUGGCACUGUUGAAGGGACAAACGAACAGAUCUCCGGAAUCGAAACAACCCUCUUCACCGACGGCGCCGCCAGCACGGGAAGAGCUAUAG